CACAGAUUUACUGACAGAGUUACUGUUCCUCGCUCGGAGACUCAAGAAUGAAUGAAUGGCUGGUUUCUGCUCUGUGGAUGUGACAAUCCACUGACCGCACAACUUGUUUGACUCCCCUCUAGUAAAUUUCCCUGAACCAGCAGCCAGAUGACUGAACUACGGCAGUCGCAGAGCCAGCUCCAACAAACAGCAGACGCCUCUCUGACUGAGAAGAUGCAGUUCUGGUUGGACAAAGCAGUGGCUUGGGGCCAAGCUGACAGUCCAGACACUCGUAGAGACACCUGCCUGCACUUGACCAGACUGAGGGAUUUCCUCCAACAACUUGUUCCACACAUCAACAGUCUGAGCUCAACAACAGAAACAUUGAAGAGGAUGCCGUUUUUAGGCCAGUUAUUAGGCCGACUGUGCUGGAACCCAUAUGUCACCGUGGGAUAUACGAGCAGAGGACUACUCCUCCAGUGUUUGUGGGGACUGUACUCGGAGCAUCCAAGCAGUGCUCUGGAGAGAAAAGCCAAUCUGUGGAUACGGAAAGUGUUGUGUCAGCUUGCUACGGAGGAAGAUGAUGCUGCAUCGGCACUAAUGAAGUGUAUGGGUGUAUCAGCUAAAGAGUAUCAUCUCAAAGUUCUGAAAAAGAUGGUGACACGGCAGCAGGAAAACAUUGGGAAGAGUUGCUGUGCUCGGAGCAGUACAAGUCAAAGGUGUUCAUGUGACAUUGUCCUGGCAACCUCAGAGGUUUGUAUCCCCCUCCUCAACUGUCCCGAGGCGUCUCCCCUUGUUACGUCUUUGCUGCAGCAGCCGCUGACUUGCUCCAGAGCAGCUCUGAGCGAGGACUUCCUGGACGCUCUGAGCUCUUCCUACUCCAGCCGUGGGUUGACUUUGGAUGAAGCAGCCUUAAUCCCGCUCUGGUAUCACUCUCUCCCGGCUCUGGAGGAGGCCGUGCUUCGUCUGCUGGAGUCCGUCACCAACACAGAGUCAACACCACAACAGCUGCAGCAGCACGUAGCUAAGUCAGUCCUGCCCAAAGCUUGUGCUCAACACUGUUCUAUGUUCCUGGUUACUAAUGACAUCUUCAGGUCGAUCCUUAAGCGGGCCGAGGGAUCGCAGCCGAUCAGGUCUGUUAUCCAGGCCUUCACCAGCUGCUUCCUGAGGGAACUGGCAGUUCUGCAGCCUCAGACCCUUGCAUCUUUAAAGGACUUCUUCCCACAGUCUCCUCAGAGUCUGCUCGUUCCCCUCUCAAUCAUGCCGUCAGAGGUGCCGCAGGAAGCUUGGAAAAAUCACCUCAAGUGGCUCAGUGGCUCGUUGGAGAGGCUGAUACAGGAGGAGGAGGGAGACGGAGACGGCAGCAGCACCAGGGGGCAGCACAGCGUGUUUGAGGCCUGGUUCCUGCUGGUUCAGUGCGCCCACUGGGUGCAAGCGGCGCUGCAGCUGCUGGCCACAUCAGGGCCCGAGGACUGCGGCCCACUCCUGUGGCUGCUGACCUUCUACCAUCACCCCACCAACAGGUGGCACCAUAGAGCUUUGCAACUGGAAAAGGCCAAGGAAGCGUGGGACCACCUGCACACUCUCUGCUGCGGCUCGGUUCGUCCUCUUCCCGUCCAGCGCCUGCAGUCGUUGGUCACUCUGGUGUCACCACAAGCUCAGCCGACGUCACCGGCUCCGUCGCUGACCUUCAGCCUCUUGGUUCACUUUGCUGCUUUCUGCCAGCUACCGCUGCGUGACUCAGUGGAGCUUUUACAGACGGUGGUGCAUCAGUCCGGUCUGCGUGAUGAAGCGGCCAACGCUCUCAGCUCACUGCAGUUCAGACUAAAUGAAGGAAGCUGCUCCUCAAGCGACACAGUUCACCUCAGGAUCAACGAACUUCAGAACGCAAUAACACACAUCCAAGCAGAGCCAGACACACACACACACACACACACACACACUCAUAAACUCCACAACAGGUGAGAGCAUCUAGCCCCCCCCCCCCCGACAGAAACAUGCAAGAACCCUUACGACAGUAAACUUUCGCAAGCCUUGUCAUUGUGUUAAUGUGCUGCUGCACGAUGACAGCAGUGUGUCAAAACACAGGACAGAUUGCAGUACACGACGAGGAUACAUGAAUACACACAUACUCAUACACAACUGUAUGCCUUGCAAACACACUUAGGACAGUGACAGCUGUCACUGUAAAGCUUGUACGUCCUCCCACUCGCUGAAUUUCAUCAUUAUAAACUCUUCAUGCUCCACGGGCUGAAUGCAAGAUUUGGGUGCAAGAAAAGUAGAAUAAAGGUCAAUAUUUCUGCAUGGAAUAAAAAACACUGUUUUGCGUACAUAUAUUUCCUGAUUGUCUGCAAAAGUGAAGUUUGACUUACAACUUGAAGCAUUUAGUACACUGAGACUGCUGGCCUGCUACUGCUGCCAUUGGGGAAAUGGAAAUGAAAAACACAUGGAUAUAUCCUUCUGCAGAGCUGGAAUUAUUCUAAGAAAAUGGGGGGGCCAGUUCUGGGAUAAUCAGCCCAACCACCUGUGGAGUGUAGAAGUACGUUGUCUUUAGCAAUCAGAAGUAAUAGCUGUCAACAGGACAACGACUGGCCUCUCCGAUGAGGUCAGCAUCACACACAGCUUGCUGCUUGUGCAAGAACAUGAUUUAAUACAGGAGCAGUAACCUCCACUUUUCUCUUUAUUAAUGAAUUACCAAACUAUUGUGUGGCGUAAUUCUUUAGUGUGCACCUGUGAUGGAUCAUCAUUUAUAUUUAAUGUCUGUGAAAGCACUGUAAUGGUUUACAACCUUUUUGAUGAAAAUACAAUUAAAGGAGAUGCAUUUAUUUCAUCAGAAUUUUUUAUUGCAAUAUAAAAAAAGUGAUUUUAUAAAAACCCAUCAAUUAGCAUUUGUUUGUAUGACUAAAAUGU